CUUGCUUUCAUUUUUCUGCUUACCAGUAAUUCGGCUUUAAAUUACACACAGGCUCUAGAGUCAUAGCAGGACAGAUGUGGCAUUUGCGUAGAAAGCUUGCGCAGCAGCUGCAGCGGCGCAGUCUACACACGAACGUUAUCAAAACGCUGCGCUCGCGGCAGUUCAUCAACGCAGUGACGAGCGAGUCGAUCGAACAGCAAACGGACAAGCCCGUGGGCGUGUACUGCGGGGUAGAUCCGACGGCCGACAGCCUGCACCUGGGCAACAUGGUGACGCUGAUGGGGCUGCUGCACUUCCACCUGGCCGGGCACCAGGCGAUCCCGCUGGUAGGCAACGCGACCGGUAUGAUCGGGGAUCCGAGUGGGCGCAGCACCGAGCGCGUGGCACUGGGCCGCGAUACAUUGGCAAAGAACGUUGCUGCGAUAGAGAAGCAGCUAAAGCGUUUCUUUGAGCGCGGCACGCAGUACGCGGCUAGAAGGGUUGUUGGGCUGGAGACAGAGAAGCUGGCGAAAAUCGAGGUGGCGAGAAAUGCAGACUGGUAUCGCGAUAUGAACAUUCUCGGCUUUCUGGGAACGGUUGGCAGGUACACGAGAGUGGGGGCGAUGGUUGCCCGCGAUAGCGUGAAGUCGCGGCUGGCGUCGGCGCAAGGGAUCAGCUUCACAGAGUUCUCGUACCAGCUACUGCAGGCCUACGAUUUCUGGUACCUGUACCACCACAGGAACUGCCGGGUGCAGAUCGGUGGCAGCGACCAGUGGGGUAAUAUCACAGCGGGCACCGAGCUGAUCCACAAGAUGCCGCGCGAUGACACUGACACAGGCGUGGUGAGUGGGCAGGCAACCAGCCACGAGGCUUUUGGGCUGACGAUCCCGCUGCUGGCCACGGCAUCCGGCGAAAAGUUCGGCAAGUCUGCCGGCAACGCCAUAUGGCUGGACGAGCGCAAGACGUCGCCGUUCGACGUCUACCAGUUCUUCGUCAAGACGUCUGAUGCGGAUGUAGCAAAGUUCCUGAAGAUGUUCACGCUGCUGCCGCUGGAGCGAAUCGCGCAGGUCAUGGAGGAGCAUGGAAGGGCACCGGAAAAGUUCGCCGCCCAAAAGCUGCUUGCAGAAGAGGUCACGGAGCUGAUCCACGGCGAGGCGGGCGUGCUGCAGGCGAAAUGCGCGACCCAGGUGCUGUUUGGCGGAAGGGACCAGAAGAUCGAGCAGUUCUCUGCCAGCGAAAUCGCCGAUGCCUUUGCCAAUGAUCGGCGCAUGGUGGAUCUGCCCAGGGCCGAUGCCGUGGGCAAGCAAAUCGCUGAGCUGGCGGUGCUGGCUGGGGCUUGCUCAUCAAAGUCGCAGGCGACGCGGUUGGCGCGCGGCGGCGGACUGUACUGGAACAACACUGCGGUGCCAGACGGCAAGUGGGUACCGGGCAGCGACCAGUUCAUCGGCGAGGGCACCAUUGGUGUACUGCGGACCGGCAAGACUAGCUACUUCAUCAUUAGACUGAAAUAGAGUUGUAUUGAGGC